AUGGAAAUUGAUAGCAGCGACAAGCGUGCAAACUGCCUCGAUUGGAGGUUCGCCUUCCUCAACUCGGCACUCGACGCUAUUGGGGCAGGUUCUCGCUUUGAGCUUCCAGAUCCAUCGUACACCCUUCUCGACAUCCGACAAUCCGCCUGGCUUGAAGCAACGAAACAUCACAUCGCUACGAGUACAUGUACCUGCUAG